AUGGCCUGCAGGUUGCUGAUCCCACCAGAUCACGCCUGGACGUAUAGGGUGGAAAGUGCCCGGCAGCAGCUGCUAGAGAUUCCUGAACUGCUGAUCUGGAUGGCCAGUCUGAUGGGUUUGCCUUUUCACGGAGAGGCACCUGAUCCGGACGUCGUGGAUCUGGUCUUGGACAGCAUGUGGAAAUACAACCAAACCUAUCAGCUUUCCCAGGGGAUAUGUUGCUGCAGUCUGCAGAAGAAAAGGUGCCUGUGUGGUACAUCAUGGAUGAAUUUGGAUUUCGGGUUCAGCAUUCUUCCCAGCCGACUUGCUGUAUGGCUCCUCUGUUCUACACUCCACAACAGAUAGCUUACUCGGUGCUGUGGCCACUACAAGACCUGGAGAA